CUCUCUCUCUCUCUCCAUUAUAUAUCAUGUUGAAACGAACUUUGACAACCGCAGCAACAAGUAAACCAUUUCGUUUAGCUGUGGUUGGAAGUGGUCCUGCUGGAUUUUAUACCUCACAUAAACUACUCAAAGAAUCUCCAACCACUCAAAUUGAUAUGUUUGAUAGUUUACCUGUUCCUCAUGGUCUUGUUCGUUAUGGUGUGGCACCUGAUCAUCCCGAAGUUAAGAAUGUCAUGACAACGUUUGACAAGGUGGCAGAAGACGAACGCUUCCGUUUUUUCGGCAAUGUUACUAUUGGUAAACAGAACGAUGACAAUAUAUCAAAGUCAAUUGCGGUGCAUGAACUACAACGAUAUUACGAUGCUAUUCUCUUCUCAUAUGGUGCUAGUGAAGAUCGACAAUUAGGUAUUCCCAAUGAAGAUGUGUAUGGUUCAUCGUCGGCAAGAACGUUUGUAGGCUGGUACAAUGGGUUACCUCGGGAUCGAGAUUUAAAGUUACCUUUGGAAGAUACAGAUACAGCGGUGGUGAUUGGACAAGGCAAUGUAGCACUGGAUGUGGCUCGUGUAUUACUCAGUCCCAUUGAUGAACUACGCAAGACAGAUAUGACAGAAUAUGCGUUGGAAGCUCUUAGCAAAAGUCGAAUCAAGCAUGUGCAUGUGGUAGGUCGGCGUGGUCCCUUACAAGCUGCAUUUACGGCCAAAGAAUUACGCGAACAACUCAAACUUCCUGGUGUACAAUUCCGAGCGGAUCAUACUUGGAUUCAUGAUCAAAUUCAACAACACAGUGAUUAUCUUGCAAAACGACGACCUUUGAAACGUUUGAUGGCUUUAUUGGAUCAAGAACAAAAUAAACAAGGUGAUAAAUCAUGGCAUCUACAAUUCUUACGCAGUCCAGUGGAAAUCUUGACCAACAAUGACAGAGUGGCAGGCAUUCGAUAUGAAAUCAAUCGUUUAGAAGGCCCUGUGGAAAAAUCGCGUGCGGUAGGAACAGGUGAAUAUGAAACGCAAGAAUGUGGAUUGGUGCUUCGUAGUAUUGGUUACAAGAGUUUGGCAAUGGAUGGACUUCCAUUUGAUGUGCAACAAGGCUUGAUCCCCAAUCUGUAUGGCAAGAUGAUUGAUCAUGAACAAAACGAAAUGCCUGGGAUGUACACCGCUGGUUGGUUGAAACGAGGUCCUACAGGUGUGAUUGUAUCAACCAUGUCAGAUGCUUAUGAAACUGCAGAUACCAUUUUAGCCGAUCUUCGAAAGGAUGCUCCUAUGCUUUCUUCCCAAAAUCAUGCCGAUGAUGAUUUGUUCCAAUUGAUGUAUCAACGUCAAAUUCGCCAUGUAUCCUAUGAUGAUUGGAAACGUAUUGAAGCCGCCGAAUUCCAAGCUGGUGCCAAGUUGGGGAAACCAAGGGAAAAAUUCACUACUGUGGAACAUAUGCUGGAUGUAUUGAAUCGAUGAAUAGAUUUGGAAAUAGAAUAAUAGAAAUAGAUUAGAUCUACAUUUUUUUUUUUUUAUGUUAGUUCCAUUUUUUUUUAUAUAUAUGUAUGAUAGUUGUAUUCUAGCUGAAGAAAUAAAUAAAAAAAUGUGAUACUUUCUUUCCUU